UUUACUUGGAUUUUAGUCAGAUUCAGUCGAUAUUUAUUUAUUAUAUUUUUCUCUUUUUUCAAUCAUUUUUUUUAAAAAACUCGUUUUCGUUCUACUGGACAAGAAUUUCAAGAUUCAAAACAAUUUUUCUAUGUCAAUUUAUCGUUGUUGUAAUCAUUCAACAAUUUUAUCCAUUCUAUUAUUGAUAAUAAUCAAUAAUUUUUUCGAUAAUCAUAUUCAAAAGAUAACGGCAUCAAGAUUUGAUGGUAACCAAUCACCACAAGAAUGGAAUAUUGGAAAAGAAAAAAUUGGACCCAAUGAUUGUGAUCCAUUAAUAAUUAAACCUGGAGAAUAUUCAGUAGAAAUUGGUGAAGAAUUAGUGGACAGAGAAUGUCGUAUCUAUAUAUUGGCUGAAAAAGCUCAAACAUUUGUUAUGAUAAAUUAUUUACAUGGUACAGUCAAAUGUGAUAAUGAUGAUGAAUAUGUAAAUUUAUUUGAUGGCUGGUUUUGGUAUGACCAAUAUUUUCCUGUACAACGUGAUCGUAAAAAAACCAAAUGGAAUCCAAAUAAACAAAUCUGUGUGAAAGGACAAUCGAUAAAAAAAAUUUCCUAUGAAAUGUCACAGAAUGCAGCAAUGUUUUAUUAUCGAAUUAAAAGGGUAAAUACUGGUUUUUCAUUUAGUGUUCAUUUUAGAAAUAGAUCAUUUGCUCCGAUUAAUUUUGCAUUGGCCAAACCAAAUAUUAAACAAGAAUUUCAAUUAACAAAUGAUUUAAAUGAUCAUAUUGUUUCAUCAUUAUAUAUUCUGCAACCACCAUCAUGGACACCAAGAUUUGAUGGUAUGAUGAUGAAAAUAAAUUCAAUCGAAGUUGGUGGCAAUAAAAUGCCGGCAUCUAAAUGGCCAGGUCGUUGCAAUAAAGAUGGACAAAAUAGUUAUGUAGAAAUCGGUGGAUACCUGGGUGAACAAUCAACACCAUUGGAUGAAUUGCAAGUCUAUCAUGAUGUUUGCAAUGAAAAUCAUUUCAAUCAUCAAUUUCCAAUAAUAUGUCCAAACAUUGUCGUACGUAUGGUCAUAAAUGGACAUAAAAAUCAACAUAUUAAAUUUGAAUUUCAAACACUAAAAAAAUGGGAUGUAUUCCAUAAACUUUAUUCAGAACCAUCAAGAUUAAUCUGUUUAACACAUGCACCGAUUUUUCCGGAAAUUCCUACAAAAUUGAUCGAUUUGUUGGACACAACCACUUCGGUAGUGAUGAAUAAUGGUGAAACAAACAUCGAAUAUUGUAAUUAUUUACUUGCCGAAGAAGGUUUUUAUUUCAUGGAAAUUACUAGAGAAAUUGCAAAACAUGAAUGCGCUAUCUAUCUAUUGGCACCACCACAUUAUAAAAUUGAAUUUCAAAUGAUACAUGUAAAUUUUAAAAAAUAUUGCCACCAUUAUGGCCAAAGUGAUACACAUAUUGAUUUUUUUGAUGGUUGGCAAUAUAAUCAAGACUAUAUACCGAUAAAUGAACAUUUGAAAAAAUCAUUCAAAGAUCGUAUGGAAACAACAUGUGCAUAUUCAUUGGGACAGGAAAUGCUUUUAACUCGAAAGAAAAAAAUAUUUCAUUCAACAGAAAAUGUGGCACAAAUUCUUUAUAUGUACAAUGCAAUUCCAGCUCAUUCUUCGGAUGUUAAAAAUGAAGAAAAAAUAGGAUUUUAUUUCAAUUUACGAUUCAUUUUCAAUCCUUAUCCUUGCAAUACUAUUAUUCAUUUGAAAGAAACAAUCAAAACUUAUACACCAACAUAUUUAAUACAAAAUUAUAAUGAAAAACAAUCGAAAAUUUGUUCAAUUUAUAUGGUCGAAUCAUCAUGGCAAAAACCAGAAAUUAUAGGAACAUUAUUGAAAAUUAUCGAUUAUGAUAUUGGUAAUUAUUCAAAACAACGGUCAAUUAAAGUUGAAGAUUAUGCUGAAAUUGAUGGUGGCCAUUUAUUUGGUUUUACCACACAGUUAAUACCAUCUAAAUAUCAAUGGUAUAAUGAUAUUUUAUCGAAUCAAAUAUUCGAAAUAAAAGUGGAUAAUUGUCGUAGUUCAGCCAUUCAUUUGAUAUCAGGUGGAAAAUCACAUAAUUAUGUUGUAUUCACUGUACGGCCAAUAUGGAUACAAGAUUAUUUACCAUUAAAUAAAUCUAUUCAUCAUUCAUCUUAUUCAAUUUCUUGUACACAUUUACCAAAAUUUUAUGAUGCUAAUGCUGUUGGUAUAACUAUAAAUGAUUGUGAAAAUGGAUUCAUCACCAUGCCUGGUUUGUAUUAUCAUCGACAGAGAAAAACCCAUUCUAAUGAAUGUCUUAUGACAAUUCUGACUGAUCGUUAUUCAUUAAUUGAAUUAUCAUUCGUUAAAAUCGAUAUGGACUGUGAUCAAAGUCAAUAUAUUGAUGUUGUCGAUGGUAUAAUGUUUAAAAAAAGAUAUUGGCCACAAUCGAAUGGAGAUCUUAAAUGCUAA